AUGGAUCAGGCUCCACCACCAUGUGUCUUCCUAGCCAUGCCUUCUCACAUUGAUAAAAGCUUCACCGACAAGAAGGACAUCAUCGAGCCCAACGUCGAGCCCACCAAAUCGCAAGUAGGAGACGUGGAAUCGACGUCGCAGCCUGAUGAUGAUGAUUCGGCUUCAUUCACAACGUCGAACUUGGAGCUGUGGUCAUUCUAUCUCUACUAUGUCGGCAACAAUGGGCUUUCGGGCUUCAAUUUCGGGCCUUCGCAGUUCCAGAACCUGCUGUUCUUGGCGGGAUACGAUCCUGUUGACCCUCCUUUCACCACACCUUGUAGUGCGAACGGAUGUGUUCUGCCUUAUCUUGGACGAGUUCGUGAUGUCAACUCGAUCGUCCUGUUGACGAACGGGAUAAGUUUUGCUAUCCAAGCCGUGGUCCUAUUAUCAAUAGGUGCUUGGGCAGAUUACGGACGCUGGAGACCGAACAUCACCAUCUUCUUCACACUGAUAGCCGUGGGCGUGUCAUUCGCUUGGUUAGGCGUAGACGAACCGUCGAAGUGGCGUGCGGGAAUAGCACUCUAUAUUCUUGGUUUAAUAACCUAUCAGUGUGCUUUGACAUUCUGGACUGCUGCUUUCCCUGGGUUAGCAAGAGACUUACGAGAAGUGAGGGAUUCUGCCAGUCAAGCGAGGGACAAUGGAAAAUCGUCCACCGAGCACGCAGAUUUCGAGUCCCUUUCCCGGAACCGCAUUUCGAAUGUUUCCUUUGCCAUAUGUUCGCUUGGGGAAAUUGUUAUCCUCGCUAUCAUGGUUGGCAUAUUGAAGGGUCUCAAGUCGGAUGAAAGCGUAGAAAAUAAUACCAAGGCUUUCAGUGUCUUGAUCGCUUUUUCUGGCGGCGUAUGGUUGCUCUGUGCCAUCCCAUGGUUCUUAUUCGAAAAGAGACGACCUGGUUUGGCUCUCCCUCCAGGUUCAAGCCUCUUGACUAUAGGGCUCAAGCAGACCUAUAUUGCGUUCAGAGAAUGCCUCAGGUUGAAACAGACGUUCUUAUACCUGAUCUUCUACUUCCUAAUGGGCGACGUAUUAAACACUACAGUGACGGUGAUCGCGACACUUCAAAACAGUGUCGUCGCGUACUCGACUUUGCAACUUACGCUAUUGCUCAUUGUGGGGAUAGUAGCUCAAGGACUGGGUAUAUACCUCUUCUGGCUCGUGCAGAAGAAGUUCGCCAUCAGUACCAAAGCAAUGCUUUCCUUUAACGUCGUGUGGAUUCUGGUCUUGACAAUAUGGGGACUCAUCGGUAUCCAUACUGAUAAGUUUGGCUUCAAACACGUCUGGGAAAUAUGGUUGUACCAGGCAUAUUAUGGAUUGAUGGUGUGCCCGUGGUAUGCGUAUAGCCAGACCAUGAUAAGUGAAGUUUCGCCGCUACAACAGAUGUUCUUGUUCUUUGCGUUGUUCUCCGUGGUUGGCAAAACAUCAGCUUUCAUUGGACCUUUCAUCUCGUCCGCGAUCAUUACGGCAGCGAAUAAUAACGACAAUAUGCCGUUCGCAUUUCUCUUCGGCUUGGGCGUGUUCAGUACGAUAUUUCUGUGGAUAGUGGACGUACCUAAAAGCAGAGUCGAGUGUCAAGAAUUUGUCAGAGCGGAGGCAGAUCGGAAAGCCUUCGACUGA